UUUACAGAGGAGAGAGAAAGAAUUACAGAGAGAGGAAGAGAGAGCGGGAAGAUAAUUUCUUGGAGCCAUUAAUGGCGGAUAAAGGAGGAUUCGCUGAUCAAAAGAGAACUGUAGGCGCUGUUCGAGAUUCUGUAAGAAAAUUCUUUCAAGGUAGUGAAGAUGAAGAAGGAGAAGAAGAUUUUAUCGAGUUUCUUGGACUGAGUGAUGAUGAGGAUGAAGGUGAACUGAGUAAUGUUGAGGAUGGAGUAACGGAACAAGGAAUGAAGCCAGAGAUACUGCAAUAUCUCGAAGCGGAAGCAGCAAAAGUACAACAUGAUCAAAAGAAGAUUCGAGAUGAAAUUCGCGAUUCUCUCAAGAAGUUGGAACAAACUGUGGAUGCCGAAGGAGAAGGAUCGGAUUCCGAACCAAGAGGGUUCCGGAGGAUAAUCAAACAUCUGGAAUCGAUGAUGGUUAGAAGAUCUGCCCAAGUUAAAGAUGUAAAAUCCAGUAACAGCAAGGAAAUCGCAUUCCAAGAAGUGAAAGCACUUGAAGUUUCAGUUGCAACCAAAUUCUUGGUUCAAGCCUUCGAGUCUGAAUCGGAUUUUAGUGGAGAUGAGGUUUCAAACAUUAACUCAGCAAUCAAAGCUCUGGAGAAUCAACCAGUAAACCUUACUAUCUCAAAACAACCAAGACUAGGAGACUUCGCUGAAGGCUACUUUAAUAAUCAGAUUGAUCCAUUUUUCUCAAUUCUCGGUUCUUAUAAUCAAAUAAGGAAUCUUCAGGCUGCACUCUAGUGCAAGGUGCGGAGAAAGAUGCGGCUGAGCAUUUACCAGGCUAUGGUGAGAUGGGCGAGGAGGACCAGCAAUUGGCUGUUGCUGAGGCUAUGCAUAUGAGCACUGGAGACUGACAACAAAGUGUCACCUCUGUCGUGAUGAUGAUCCUAGAGAGUAUAAGAAGUUCUAUCAAAUCAUUAAACAUAGACUGAAAGAGCAUUGACUGUAUGGGAUGAUAAUUGUCUGUACUGUUUCAAAGAUGUAGAACCGCUUGUCAAUUACUUGUUGAAACCUUAUUUUUGGAUUUGCAUGUUUGCUCUAA